UAUCAUCUACAAUAUGUCGAAGAAGAAUAUAACCAUUCUAUAAAUCAGAAACUCUACAAAUUCUUUACAAUGGAUUAAUCACCAUGAUUCAAUAGAGGAAACCACCUCACAUGUACUCAGGUAAAUUUGAUUUUGCUGUACUCAGGUAAAUUUGAUUUUGCUCUGACUUUUCUUAUUUGAAAAGUAGUGUGGUUGAUGUAAGUAGACUUCCAAGUUGACUUAAAAGUGCUCAGACAGAAUAAUCAUUUAACCCGAGUCCGCCAUUUUCACUUGGGGUUUGUUCCACCUGAAAGUUAGCUUUAAUCAAGUAGCUCAAGAAUUCUCAUGGAAAAGCUUCAGAGCCAUAGAAUCCAUAUCCCUCUGUUUCCUAUUUUUCUUAGUCUCCUUCAGUUUUCUUCUCUUCAGUUUAUCUCCUUGGCUUACAAACUUCCGGAUAAGUACUCCAUAAAUUGCGGGUCUAAUGCCGAUCUAAACGACACUGGCCGGACUUUCACCGGCGACAUGAACUCCGGUUACAUCACUAUAGGAAAGCAUGGUAGCGCUACCACAGAUAGAAACCAGUCGGUGGAUGCAUCUUCUCUCUACAAAACAGCAAGAAUUUUCAAGCAACAAUCUUGGUAUGAAUUUGAAAUCGAUACUUCUGGUCCUCAACUGGUACGCCUUCAUUUUUUAGCUUUUACCUCUACUACUACAGAUGAUCUAUCAACAGCUAUUUUUGAUGUUUCGGCUUCUGAGUUCUUGCUGUUGCAUAAUUUCACUGCCAAAAACAAUAAAAGCUCUCCUCUGAUAAAGGAAUUUUUUCUUAGCAUCAAAACCACCAAAUUCCGGAUAUAUUUCACACCUCAAAGCUCAUCUUUUGCGUUUAUAAAUGCCAUUGAAGUCUUCCUUUCCCCUACAAGUUUCUGCAAUAAUGGUACUACGAAUAGUCCAUCCUAUCCACUUUUACAGACAAUAUACAGGGUUAAUGUUGGGGAUCGGGCAAUUAAACCAGAUAGUGUGUGGAGAAACUGGGACGAAGAUGGUAGGUAUCUCUCUAAUUCGAGCAAAGCAACGAGCGAAUACGUGCCUGCCAAGCUUAAUUAUGAGGGAGAUAUUAGUGCCUUUACAGCCCCAGAUUUGGUCUACCAGACCGCCAAGGUAGUGGAUAACAGAAAUAGCACCAGUGAAUCCAACAACUCUAACGCAACGUGGUUUUUUGGUGUGGAUAAGACUGCUUCAUAUGUUGUCCGGGUCCAUUUCUGCGACUUUGUUAGCGGCUCCCCCAAUACUGUGGAUUUUCUUCUGUACAUAAAUGAUAUUGUGAGAGAAACGGUCAAUUCUAUUGAUGCUUCCAUCAAGUUGAGUACUCCUUUUGUCUAUGAUUUGGCGGUUAACUCUGAUGAUUCGGAUUCAGGAGUCCUGAGCAUCAGUAUAGGCACUUUGAUUCGCUCUCCAGUCCAAAAGGCGUACCUAAAUGGGCUGGAAAUAUUGGAGAUAAUGGAUGGAAUUGCUUCAGUUCCUGUAGAGGACAAUUCCAAGAAAAUAAAUGUUGCUACUUUAAUUGGUUCAGUUGCUGGAGCUCUUGCUGUUGUCUGCAUUUGGGUAAUGGGGUUCUUCUUGUUUGUUUUGAAACGCGGGAAGUCAAAGCUUGUGGGGACUUUGGAUUGGUCACCACUGCGUGCAUUUGGCCUCGGUAGUUCUCAUAGCGGAGUCACUGAGCUAACCAUCAAAGGCUCCACCAUCCCUGAUGUGCUUGGAUUGAAGAUUACCUUUUCUAAAAUUCAGUUUGCAACCAACAACUUUGAUCCAAGACUGGUGAUUGGUAAGGGUGGUUUUGGCAAUGUCUACAGAGGAACACUUUCAAAUGGUCAAAAAGUGGCUGUGAAACGAAGUGCACCAGGGUCAGGCCAAGGCCUCCCAGAAUUCCAAACAGAAAUCAUGGUUCUGUCUAAAAUCCGACAUCGUCAUCUUGUGUCCCUAAUUGGGUAUUGUGAUGAAAGAUCUGAGAUGAUAUUGGUUUAUGAAUAUAUGGGAAAGGGAAGUUUGAGGGAUCAUCUAUUUGAUUCAGACUUUCCACGCUUGUCGUGGAAGCGAAGACUUGAAAUUUGCAUUGGUGCAGCAAAUGGCCUACACUACCUCCACAAAGGUGCAGCAGGAGGAAUCAUUCAUCGUGAUGUCAAGUCCACCAACAUCUUGCUUGAUGAAAACCUUGUAGCAAAGGUUGGUGAUUUUGGCCUUUCGAAAUCCGGUCCUCUCAACGAAACCCAUGUUAGCACAGCUGUCAAAGGCACUUUUGGUUAUCUGGAUCCUGAGUAUUUUAGGUCCCAACAGUUGACAGAAAAAUCUGAUGUUUACUCAUUUGGGGUAGUUCUUCUGGAGGUUCUAUGUGCAAGACUACCUAUCAAUAACUCACUUCCAAGGGAGCAAAUAAAUUUGGCUGAGUGGGGAUUGCAAUGCAAGAAGAAAGGGUUGCUGGAAGAAAUCAUUGAUCCUUCACUCAAAGGUCAAAUUGAUCCAAACUCACUAAGAAAAUUCAGUGACAUUGCAGAGAAAUGUUUGCAAGAUGAUGGUGCUGAUAGGCCUACAAUGGAAAAUGUGAUCUGGGACUUAGAGUAUGCAUUACAGCUUCAGCAAACAGAAACUCGUGGAGAACCUAAUGAGGACACAACUACUGGUUCGUCAGCAUUCAUAUUGCCUGAUCUCCAGCGUUUUCCCUCACUGAGCACCACAACUGACAAAGACGAUAUUCCAAUAUUGACCAAUGAUUUCUCAGACACAACAGCAGACGAAAUUUUCUCCCAGCUGAGAGUUGAUGCCAAAUGAGGUAAAGUAUUUUUCUAGCUUUUACAGUGUUUUUACAGUCUUUAAAUUCUGUCAAACAGUCCAAAUUGUACUAUGUAUAUAUAUAUAUAUAUAGAUAGAGAGAGAGAGAGAGAGAGAGAGAGAGAGAGAGAGAGAGAGAGAGAGAGUUUUAAAUUUCUCAAGUUUGAUUAUUCCUUCCCCCCCGCCCCAAAACGACUCGCAUUCAGUAAGAAUCGAAUCUAGACCUACCUAGUUUUUAUAAAACAUUUUGAAAGGCAUAUCUCCUAGUAAAACCCUGAACUGGAGAAAAAAGAACAGUAAAGAGAAUAAUUUUCCAAUAAAAGCAAAUGGGACACACCUGUAAUUUACUAAGCACAGAAGAUUCUAGAUUUAGUUAUAUUAUCUGCAAUAAGUAGAAAUGUUCACUUUAAGAUUGGAAAGGAAGUGAUACCUCUGCUAAAAUCUCACAUAGCAUAGAGUAAUAACAUCUGUGGUUCAAUUUUGUUGGUAUUGGUCUGCAUUCGUGAUUGGCCUCAAAGGGUUUGUUACCAAAAACCGAGUUGAGAAAAUAAGGCAGAGUUUGCUACUUCUUCCUUUUUCCCCAUCAGUUCGAUUCUUUCCUGCUAUAGCAUAUUACAAAGAAAACCAUUCUGGUUGUUUAUGUUGAAAGAAUUUUGGGCAAAAACCCAAGAGUUGGGAUGGUGAUAACAAAGUUGAUCACUUUUAUUAGCUGCUAGAGAAGUUUCUUCGAUUCUGGAGCAAACUUUAGGCACACAAUGGGAAGCAGGGCAAUGAGGAGCGGAGGAAUUUACUUCUCCGGUGAAUUUUGGUGUUUCGGGUAGUCGAGUUUUGGGCCCAAGAUGAAUUUCAUCUAUUGGGCUUAAAGUACGAUUGGAAACUUUCCUGGAUCCAAUUUGCUAAGCAAACCCAUCUAGCGUAGAAUGAAUCUUGAUUCAAUUUGCUUCAGUAACAAAACUUUGUAAAAACAUGGUAAUUCGUCCUUUUAAUUCGAUCAUUGAGUUGUUGAUUGAAUUGAUUAAGAACGAUUUAAUCGGUGUAAAUUGUUUGAUUGGGUAACCA